UUCAAAGUAGAGGGCUGAAAUUUUGCACACAACUAUCUGAGGAUAACAUGCUCGUCUGUUCAAAAUUUUGACCCGCUACGACAAACCGUUCCGGGGUUAUUCAAGGUCAAAUUCGUAUCCACCAGGCCGCCCUCCCUUUGGUAUUAGAGACUUAGAGAUUUUUUGUAUUUUUACUUGUACUGUACUGUGACUACAGUACAAUACAAAAAUUAGUACAAAAUUCAAAAGACCUAGAGAAUUUCCAUUAUUUUGUACUCUGAAAAAUUGUACUGUAAAACUCCGCGAAAUAGAUGCGUCAAAAAUUGAGACAAAUCAACUCAUGAUAUACGAAAUGAACCUCCUUCCACGAAGUGUGUUUAAAAUUUCAAAACUUAAAAUUCGAUAUUUUUGACCCUUGACCUCGUUUACAACAGUCACCAGGCUGAUGUAAUCCGAAAUGAUAGUGAUUUUUGAACUCCUCGCCUCAAACUAAACACGUCUGCAACGGUGCAAAUAAAAAAUAAACAUUUUUGACCUUUGACCUGGUCUACGUGGUCACGGGGUCUUCGUACGUUAAAACUGUGUCGAUUUCUGAAAUUCUCGCCCAAACCCAAGUCUAAAACAGUCGACACUUAAAUUUUGACCUUUGACCUCGUCCUCUCGGUUAUGGGUUGGUCGGAGGUCAAAAGUAUUGGCGAAUAUGAAUUUUUCGUUAAAUUUCCUUUAAAAUGAUACCGCAUAUGAAAAUUAAGGUAGAAUUUUGCGUUUACUUCACGCCAGGGUGACCUUGACCUUGACCACAGGGCGCCCAUCUUCGAACUCGACCUAGGGUCAAAAAUUAGAAACAAAAUGGCGAAAACGGCGUCUGAUUAUAUUGAGGCGUUCUAGAGAUAUCCUACUUGCCAACCCUUGACUCUUCCACAGUAGUACAAACUGAGCCCGUGUUUCAAUUUGUCUACUGUAGACUGUAGAAUUAGUACAAAAAGCUGAUGACGUCAUCAUCUAGAGUCCACAGUACAGUCUACAGUCGAAGUACAAGGAAUCUCUAACUCUCUAUUAAUGAUAUACAUAUGUACAUAUGCAAUUGCAUUUGGUAGAUACAUAUAUGUAUGCACGCUACGAAUACAUAAUUAUGUACUUGCUGCGUUCGUAUAUAUGUAUGUACAAUGUGCAUGCAAUUCACGAGAUUAUAAUUAUUUAUGUAUUUUUAUUCAUGCACAACCCUGAUCAAAUAAUAAUAGAUUUAUUAUAGCUAAUGAACAUUUAUGAAAAAUACUGCAAAUCAUCUAACAAAUGAUAUUUUCUAAACAACACAUUUUCACCUUUUUCUCUGCAGAUACAUAAAUGAUUUAUUUUACUAAAAGACACUACAACUUAUUGUAGUGUCUUUAGUCUUGUAGUGGUGUAGUAAAAUCACGAAAUUUCGUUUCGCUGUAAAUGCAUAUGUAUGUGAUCCUUUAUGCAUUUUCCUUGAUUUUCGUAAAAAAAAUCAAAACACAAUUUGGGUACCCGCAAGCUGAGAAAUAACCAUAGUUUAAAAAAAACUGCAUAAAUACUUGGGUGUUUUUUUAGCAGGUUGCCAAGUUACUUUAUCCAAGAAAAACAAAGUAUUUUUGGGAACCAUUUCUCAUUUUGAUUUUUUUACCAUCCACGUACGUGCCCAAGGGUAAGCAAAUCCAUGAGACUCCGCUCGUCCCAUUAUUAUCGAGUUUCACGAUAAGCCAAAACAUAACUCCGUAUUUUUUGAUCUCGCGUUGGAUGAACAUUUCUCCAACUUUUAAUUUCACAAAAUUGUUUCACCUGACCGAAAUAACCGAUGGACAAAUCAGCCCUCCCUGCUGAUGGUGUGCUUGAGUCCAAACGGGGAAAUUCACAGUAUUGUAAUAUGCGCUCGGCUAUCCUGCCUUAUCGGGACCGUGAAAAGUACACCAUCGGCGAUAAGUUCACCUCGUGGGAGGCACAGGGCCAAUUAAUCUUUAUAAGUGUGUGGGGGCAUCCUAAUUGGAACUUCCUUCCCACUUCGCUCGUGGAAAUUUCCUGCGAGUUUGACCAUUUCUGGGUCAAACCUCUCGAGGGAAACUUGGUUUUAAAAAAUGGAGUAAAUCUUGACCUCAACGUUAGGACACGGCUGAACUUUGGGGAUGAACUGGCCUUCACCAAACACCGUAACAACGUUGACCACGGCCUUGCCAUAUUCACUUUUAAACAACGGGAGUACGUUAGUAAUUGGGACAAGUGCGAUAAGGCUUCGAUUAAGGGUGUGCCAGAUGAUGUGGCUAACUUGGCUUUAGAUUUCACACCAGAUCGCAAUCAAUUGGUAUUCUCUCACAUUCUAUCCUAUCUCCCCCUCGGAACCCUGAAAAACGCUCGACUGGUUUGUAAACACUGGGACGAACAAGUGUUUCCAAUCUUGCGAAUGAAAUCCGCCAUUGGUUUCGAAACUCGAUUCCAUCGUGAUGAUGUGACCACUCCAUCCCACCAGUUAUUCCAAUACGUCCAUGAAAUGAGGAAUGUCGCACCAUGGCCAAAUUGGAAGAUUUGGUAUCCACUAUUACCAACCGGAAAUGAAUGGAACGACGUCGAGAGGAAAUGGACCGUAAAAUACAUCGAGGACUUGGACUGGUUUCUUCAUCCCAGUAGAGGACACAAUGUCAAGAGUUUAUCGUUGUCGUCUGUAUUCGUUAUUUCCGAGCGGGGUUACUGGAUAUUUCUCAAAUCCGUUACUCAGUUGAAGGACACCUUGGAAGAAUUGCAUCUCGACUUGGAUAAUAUACGAAUCUUGGAUCAGGAUGGCAACGAGAUUAAAUAUGACUUGGAUCCUAUUAGUUUCAAAAUGCUGAAGAAAUUUUCACUAAACCUCACGUCCCGUGAAUCUGCCCGUGGAUUGGAUAAUAAACAAUUGACUGCCCCCUGGAUAAAAUAUUGGGCGGAUGCGAUUAAACGUGUGGAGUCCAUCUAUUCGCGCGGUUGUGAUUUUCUGGGGUCACGAUUUGCACAGGAGUUACAAAUCAAUGGGAAGUGUUAUCAAAAUUUGAAGGAUAUUCAGUUAACAUGCAAGCCAUCGGUUGCAAUCAAUUUUCUCACCGAGUUGGCCCAAACCGUGACGAAUUUGACGCUCACCAUGCCAAUGAAUCACAAUGAAUUUCAUUUCGUUACACCCCCAAAGUUCCCAAAGUGAAUUUUGAUUUGGUUACGCCCCCAAUGUUUCCAAAAAUGAAUUUUUACUUGGUUACACCCCCAAAGUUCCCAAGAAUGAAUUUUGAUUUGGUUCACGCUCACCAUUCCUCUGGAAAUACGAGACCUGAGAGACUUUGAAAAUUUGAUCAAUAAAUUCGCCCCAUCUUUGGAAUUACUGUCUUUUAUAAUCUCCACUAAAGGCCUUGAAGAAAAGUCUCGCUUCGUCCUCAAUCUUCCAUGUCUCCCGAGGCUGAAAAAGUUGGAUAUUUAUUUUGGUUUCUUUCAAUACAUCCGCAGUUCCGAAAUCCGUGCACGUGAGGGUCAUACAAUCAAAGAUGUGGCCCGAUUCCGGCUCUCUCGUUUUGGUGGCGAUGACCUCAGUAUCGACUAUGAACGUCACCUUCCCUCGAUCCGUAGCAUCGUCGUGAAACCAAAAUUUGACGUCAGUCCGGCUGAAUUUUGGGACACGUAUAGCGACCUGUUUGACAGUCUCCUACCCAAAGAAGAAGGACAGAGUUGCCAGACUCUGCAACGCUUGAAAAUUCCCACCUGGGAUGGCAAGAUUGGGGAAGGAUAUCUUCAAGCUGGCCGACUGCCGAAAGUCUUUCCAAGUGUUCGGAACGAAUGGAUGCACGAUUUACGAGAGAUGAUUAACGAAUGAAGAACUUGAUACAAAGUAGAUAAAUGCACAUUCAUGAGUUAAUAUGUA